UCUGAAUUUUCAUUCAGGUUCUUUUUGUUGUAGCAAUGGCCAUGAAUCACUAUUGUUCUGACAUACUAAAAAAAAAACAAAUUCUUUCCUCUUCCCUAGUUGGUAAUAAAGUUCCUGCUGACAUCAGGAUUACUGCUAUCCGUUCCACCACCCUUCGUGUUGACCAGUCCAUCCUGACUGUUGAGUCAGUCAGUGUGAUCAAGCACACCGAUCCUGUCCCCAACCCCAGAGCUGUCAAUCAGGACAAAAAGAACAUGCUUUUCUCUGGCACAAACAUUGCUGCUGGCAAGGCUAUUGGAGUUGCUCUCGCUACUGGUGUAUCCACUGAGAUUGGCAAGAUCUGUGACCAGAUGGCUGCCACAAAACAGGAGAAGACUCCUCUGCAGCAGAAACUGGAUGAGUUUGGUGAGCAGUUCUCUAAGGUUAUCACUCUGAUCUGCGUCGCUGUCUGGAUGAUCAACAUUGGUCACUUCAAUGACCCCGUCCAUGGUGGAUCCUGGAUCCGUGGCGCUUUCUACUACUUCAAGAUCGCUGUUGCUCUGGCUGUAGCUGCCAUCCCUGAGGGUCUGCGUGCUGUCAUCACUACCUGUCUGGUUCUUGGUACCAGACGUAUGGCCAAGAAAAAUGCCAUUGUCCGUUCACUGCCCUCUGUGGAGACCCUGGGCUGUACUUCUGUCAUCUGCUCUGAAAAGACUGGCACCCUGACCACCAAUCAGAUGUGUGUGCGAAAUGUUCAUCAUUGAUAGAAUUGAUGGGGAUCACGUUGAACUUGACUGCUUUGAUAUCUCUGGCUCCAAAUACACACCCGAGGG